CGUCGCAUGCGCCAUUUUAUUUGGCGUUCCGGCAUCGGUGCAGUUUGUUUUCAUUUUUCGGCGACCGUAGCUCCAGCGCAUCGAACAUGUCCAGCAGCCGCAACGAUUGCAGGAUCUACGUGGGCAAUCUGCCGCCCGACAUACGCACGAAAGACAUCCAGGAUCUGUUCUACAAGUUCGGCAAGGUGACGUUCGUCGAUCUGAAGAACAGACGCGGUCCACCUUUCGCGUUCGUCGAGUUCGAGGAUCCGAGGGACGCAGACGAUGCCGUGCACGCCAGAGACGGCUACGACUACGACGGCUACCGGUUGCGAGUUGAGUUCCCCCGAGGAGGUGGCCACGGUGGCUUCCGGGGUGGACGUGGAGGUGGCGACCGAGGUCGCAGCUCCCGAGGCCCCCCAGCACGUCGUUCACAGUUCCGCGUCCUCGUCACAGGUUUGCCACCCUCGGGCUCGUGGCAGGACCUGAAGGACCACAUGCGUGAGGCGGGCGACGUGUGCUUCGCCGACGCCUUCAAAGACGGCUCGGGUGUCGUGGAGUUCUUGCGUUACGAGGACAUGAAGUAUGCCAUCAAAAAAUUGGACGACUCACGGUUCAGGUCGCACGAGGGUGAAGUCUCCUAUAUUAGGGUGAAGGAGGAUAGGGGCGGCAGCGACCGUCGUUCGGGCGGCCGCUCACGCAGUCGUUCGUACUCGCCGCGCCGAAGGGGCUCGCCCACUUACAGUCCGGUGAAGCGGAGCUAUUCGCGCAGUCGCAGUCGCACCUAAAACCGGGGUCACGCACGUUUAAGUACGUAUCCACACUAUCUCCCCAAAAUCCACAAAAAAAAAAAAUUAAUACGACAGACAGGCCAAGCCAACUUUUUAUUGAAUUAAAUAUUAUGGUUUUAGUUUUUAAAAGUAAACGAAACAACCAUAUUUGGAAUAUAAUGAUUGUGUGAUUCGGUUGUUUUGAAUUGUUUAUGAUUCCCCAGUUUUUUUAGCAAUUUUUAUUCAGACUAGAAAGAUGUCGAGUUCAGUUGUGCUCUGCUGUACAUAUUUGUUUUUGGAUCGCGGUUUUUACUAGUAAUUGAACUGGACAACUUUCCACCACUGAUGACUUAUUUAUAAUGUAGCAUUUGUACCUUUAAUUUUUUUGUUUGACUUGUAUGUGUAACAUUAUAAAUUUAUUGAAAAAGGCAACAAGAACAGCUAUUUACUAAAUAUAUAAAUAAAUCUAUAUAGAAUUAUGUAUUUACGUGUAUGUGUAAGAGACUAAUUGUAUUUUGUUUCUUUUUUGUUCUAUUAUUGAACCGUCGUUGGAUAAAUGAAUACAUUGUCUGGAAUAAAUAGAGAUUAAAGUAAACAAAUGGUUUUUACCUAACUAAAAAAUAAAAACACUUUGUCAAAACCUGUGGAAGGAUGCAACCGGAUAGAAAGAAUGCUAGAGAGAGAGAGGAUUUUAGAGGACUCGGUGUGUAAAGAGCGAUUUUUUGCAGUCAGGAGGAUUUUCAUUCUAAAAAAACACUAAGUAACGUUUACUAAUAAGUAAAAAAGGGGAUACAAAUUUAAAAGUCGAGGAAAAAUAUAAAACCGGAACAGGAUUUUAGGAUCGGACUAAAAAUGCUGGACAUUGGUCAAAACGUUGUUUCAGUCAAUGUCCAGCAUUUUUUCGAAAAAUCAUUUGACCGGAACCGGAUUGUAAAACGCAGAGUACACUCGGACGGAAGGAUUUCAGGAAAUUAUAGGAUCCUCCGUCGCUUUCACUUGUUGGAUUAGGAUUGUAAUAAGUUGUUUAAGGAUUUCGGAUGGCUAGGAUCCCAUUUCGGUAAAUACCCCGCAUUUAAUAUGCAUUUUUUGGUUGUUUUUUAUUUUACGAUUUACUCAAUUUUAUAAAGGCAUAACAGUUUCACCCCUCACUUAUCUGAUCUGAAUUAUUAUUGAGUACAAGUUGUUGAAACUGUUGUGGUUUUAUUUAAUUUUUUAAGCUUUGCAGUAUCUUGUAUAUAACCUAAGUGUUUUUUUUUUUUCAUUUUAAUUAACUGCAAAAUCAUCUCUUUCCUUUCCACCCUCUUUUUAAAAACAAAUGGCAUUUGAUUAAAAACUGGUUUAACGAUGAAAUUAGUAUUCAACGAAAACCUAAAAACUGCAUGCAUCAAACUCAUUUCAACACGAUGUUUUUCACGAAUACAUAUUUUUGUCUUAAGCCCCGUCUUUGAAUCAAAACGAUUAAUGAAAAAUAAAAAUAAAUCCUCCGCAAAACCACACAAAAUGUUCUACAAAACCGUAUAUUUUAAUGUAGGUCUUUUCUCUCCAUGGAUUUGGAGACGAGCAUUGAAAAUUUGUGUGUUGUUUCUCCGUGGGACACUUCUUGAAGGAUUAUUAUUGACUGUAGGAUUUUCGUAGUUGGUAGGAUCUCUCUCUGUUAGGACGCGGAUGUUUCGGGAUUCGGGAGUCCAGGUAUUUGUUUUCCUCCUUAAAACGCAGAACUUACCACGGUUUUGCGGUUGUUGAAUUUUCUUGGGAAAUUUGACACGUGCUGGUUGGUAAGUUCUGCGUUGUUUAGACUAGUUCCUUAUUUAGGUAUGCAGUUUUCUUCAAUAAAGUUCUACCAAUUGAAUAA